AUGGCCGGAAAAGUAAUUAUGAAUGAACAAAAUUCAUCAUCAUCAUUAUCAACACUGCCGGCAUCAGAAACAGGAAGUAUUGAAUAUAUUCCUGUCAAGAAUACAAGAAAUUUGAGGGCGAUAAUCGUCCUAGUCACUGAGGGAUUGGAAUCGGCCAUCAGUUUUUGUCACGGGGAGAAAUGGCAGCAGUUGGAUUUCACAGUCACGGCUUUAAAGAAGUGGACUAUGUUGCCGCACGAAGAAUACGCAGAUUAUACUUUUCCCAUAGCAACGUCAAUUGUUGUGUUAUCUACGUUGUUUGAAGAAGAACUGUAUUAUACCAGCCAAAGUAGCCAGGAAUUUGAGGAUAGAAUUCUUGCUCUCAAGAAUCGAUUUCUUUUUAACCAUCCUUUUGGAGAUCUCAAUGCUAUAGAAGGGCUUUGCUGCGAUGAUAUUACCAGUGCGGAUCCAGAAAAAAUCCCGAUCAUAGCAACCAAUAAUGGUGGUGAUUGCCCAUUUGAACCCACGAAUUUUACGUAUAGCAAAUCUCUUGUAUUCGCGAAAAAUGUCAAGAGACCAAAAACCACCCUCGGCUGCAAAUGUCAAGGAGAUUGUUCUGAUCCAAAGACUUGUCCUUGUGCACAGCCUAAUGGGAAGUAUCCGUAUCGUUCUGUACAGGAUGGCAGAUUGCGAAAUAGUACGAAGCGAAUAAUAUAUGAACGCGGAGAGCAUUGUGGUUGUGGUUCUAGUUGUCGAAACAAAGUAACACAGUGUGGAUUAAAAUACAAGCUUGAGGUUUUCCAUACUCCACAUAAAGCUUGGGGUGUGAGAACAAGGGAUCUAAUUCCUAAAGGCUCGUACCUUGGAGAAUAUGUAGGGGUGAUCAGGAGGGAUGAGGAUGCAGAUGAAGAACUGGAGAAUGUGUACCUCUUUGAUAUCCUCCGUCAGAGAAAAACAAGACAACAAAGGUACUAUUACUGGCCUAUUCCUGAUAACCCAAUAUUCACAAUUACUAAGGCCAAGUAUUGCAUAGACGGGGAAAAGGUUGGAAACUAUGUUCGCUUCAUCAAUCACAGCUGCAAACCAAAUUUAUUCGUCCAAAGUGUUUUGAGCGAUCACCGUGACGUCAGUUUAGCAAGAAUAGUGUUAUUCGCCGAUACAAAUAGGGAUAUACUUCCAAUGGAGGAGCUCACAUAUGAUUACAAUUACAAGAUAGACAGUGUUGAGGUAAAUGGCGUUAUAAAGAAGAUGAAAUGCCGCUGUGCUGCCAAAACAUGUCGAGGACGCCUGAUGUAG